AAAAGAACGAAAAUAAAUCGAGUUAUCCACUAUCUUGCUUAUGAAAAUUGGAUGACAAAACUCUUGUUAAGUCUCUUUGGCACUUAGAGACCGCCCUGUUUGAUUAUAAUGUCGUUGCUUGGGUAUGCCCUGUUUUCGAUAAAUUCUUACUUCUCCACAUAACUGAAAUCCCCUUUAGGAGGUAUAAUUGCCUAAAUAUUACUCCACACAGCCUCAUAAAGAGUUUAUUCCACGAGGGGUUAUUCCGACGUCCGACAACAUAAGUAAUAUCCCAGAAAUUUGCUUGACAGAUUUCACAAUUUGCUUCACCUCAUAAGAUAUUCAGAGCUGUAGUUUUUUGUAGUGCCUAGCAUUCUCUCAUUCUAUUUACAAGAAGCAGUUCACAUCAUGCAAAUAUUCACGAUUAUUUCGUCCUGAAUUAAUAUACUGAUUUUGCUCAGGUGCCACCUAGCUUCGUCGUAUCGAGGGUUCGGAUUAAGUCGGGGUUUUGGUCCAACUCUCCAACUAAAAAAAGCAUGCACAAAAUGUUAUACAAUUAUUAAAUCCGAAGCUUGUGAGAGACCGAGAUCUUUGUAGUUCUGAAAGUAAGGUAACGCUAAUAUAUUAUGCUUGUGGCAGUAGUAUCUUUGUUUCGUUCAAAUCCUAGUCAUACUGGCUUAAAAUUUGGUGAUUUUUAUCAUAAAUUACUAUGUAGACUGUUUAGAGUCAGUGUUGAUAACUAUUGGUCAGUUGUUUCACCUCUCAAAAUAUCGACGUUAUUGGAGUUCCAGUCACGGGCUAUACUGGCGUAAUAUGUCAGAUGUCUAGUAUGUCAAGAUCUUUAUAAAUAGCAAUUACUGAACCAAUUCAGCUGCAGAAAUAUCUCUUCGGACAGUUCGAAAAUCGACUUAAACAAAGCAAGUGCCUGUGUACGUUACCAUCAAUAAAAUGUAUUUUUGUGGAUUUUUAUCUUGUUCCAGUUUAAAUAUCACGAGUGUGCUAUUGAAUUGCUAAGCCUACAGGGUUAAAUCUAGUAUUUCUUCAAAGAAUAUCCCUUACCAUCUAGAACAGAAAUUGUGUGUAAUUUCAGUAUAUGCAGUGAAGUUUUAUAUGUGUAAGUAUGAAAUGCUUGAUAUUAAUAGUUGCACAGUGCUUUUACACUUUUCAACAAGCAAAUAACUACCCAGUGGUGCUUGCAUUACAAUCAUAUUGUGUCCGUUAUGUUUAAAAGCUUUGUUUAUAAAUCUUACGGAUUCAGUCACCAAUGCCAGGUAGUUUGUAAGUACAUAAAUGCUUCCAAGAAAUGCUCGCGUAAAUUGAUUUGUUUGCUAAGGAGUUGGAAAAGUUUAACCGUAGGAUAAUCAUGUUUUUGGAACUCCAUUCGAUGUGUUUUUAGACAACUCCCAGCUCCAAUUCAAAAGGGUUCAGAUGAUUAUGGAACUGCUUUAAACUUGAAUGUGGGUUCAAGAGUCCUCGUUGCAAAAUCAACCAUCCCACCGUACGGACACCGGAAAAACUGGGUACCACGCAAUCAGGAGGAUUUUUUAGAUGGAGGAGCAUUCCCAGAAAUACAUGUUCCCCAAUAUCCUCUCGGGAUGGGGCAGGAGAAAAAUAUUUCGAAUGCCUUGGUUAUAAAGACUGAUAAAGAUGGGAGAAUCAGAUAUGAUGAACUUGUUCGUCAAGGGCACAGCAAAGACAGGAUCAUCUAUUCAAAGUUUUCAGACUUACUACCUAAACCGAUUGAUGAUGACGAUCCAGAAUUCAACAAACCAAGUCAAGAAACUAUCGAAGAGGUAGAUGUUCUAUUUUUGUUGAUUUUGCUAGACAACAGAAAAAACACGUAAAGCUCUAGAAUCACUGGUCGAAAUGAAAGUUGCUGCUGCUGCACCUGUACGCCGAGCUGAGAAAACAAAUCCUGCUGAAUAUAUCCGUUAUACACCAUCACAACAAGGUGCUGCUUUUAAUAGUGGAGCUAAACAACGUCUCGUCAGAAUGGUGGAAAUGCAGAAAGAUCCAAUGGAACCCCCUAAGUUCAAAAUUAACCAGAAGAUCCCUCGCGGGCCCCCUUCUCCCCCACCACCUCUGAUGCAUUCUCCGGCACGGAAAGUUACAGUUAAAGAACAACAAGACUGGAAAAUCCCCCCAUGUAUUUCAAACUGGAAGAACCCCAGGGGAUAUACUAUACCGUUAGACAAACGAGUUGCUGCAGAUGGUCGUGGUCUCCAAACAGUUCAUAUUAAUGAGAACUUUGCGAAACUAGCAGAAGCACUUUAUACGGCUGACAGAAAGGCUCGUGAGGCCGUAGAAAUGAGAGCACAAAUCGAAAGAAAAGUUGCUCAGAAAGAAAAGGAACGGAAGGAGGAGCAACUCCAGAGGAUCGCUCAGCAGGCUCGCGAAUCUCGAGCAGGUCUUCGUCGUCCUGGCGCAACUGAAGGUGGAGACAAUGAUCCGGAACUAAUGGACCGAGAAGAAUUAAGACGUGAUCGUGCACGAGACCGUGCUAGAGAAAGAAAUCUUGCUCGUUCUAAUAAUGAAGCCAAGGCUAAGAUUGAAAAAGACAAAGAGCGAGACAUCAGCGAACAAAUCGCACUUGGACUUCCGAAUCCACGGUUUAACUCAACAAGCGAAAGCCUAUUCGAUCAAAGACUUUUCAAUCAAUCUAAGGGUUUAGACUCAGGUUUUGAGGGAGGUGCGGAUGAUUUAUAUAACAUUUAUGAUAAGCCAUGGAGAGGUGAUUCUGAAUUGGUAAAUCAUAUAUACCGCCCACGCCAAAAAGAUACUGAUGCAUAUGGGACAGACCUUGAUGCACUUAAGAAGACUAAACGCUUUGUUCCUGACCGUGAAUUUUCUGGAACUGAUCAUUCUCGUCGUUUGGAUGGUCCAGUUCAAUUUGAAAGAGACGAAGAAGAUCCCUUUAAUCUUAGUAAAUUCUUAUCCAAAGUCAAGAAGGCCGAAAAACGCCCAGGUGAAGGUACCUCGGGAACAGACAUCAGUAAUCGUGACACUACUCAUCGUAAAAGAGAUCGAAAGGAUUAAACCGCUCUAACUUUUAUACUUUGUAUAUAUUAUUUAUGGUGAAAAAAUACGCAAAGUAUUUUUUUGACUUUAUUGAUGAACUUCAGCUGCAAAUUAUGUGAAUUUGUUACGCUUUCACUGAGGUUAAUAUACCUCUCUGUGUAUGUAAAGCCAAAUUAAAUUAAAUUGGAUUUGUUACAGUACCUAUUACUAGUGAAUAUAUAAUUGUUAAAUGUGUGUCG